GUGUCGCUCCUUCGGUCUAGGCGAAACCACUUCCCUUCGAAGGCAGCAACCACGAGCCUAAGCCUUACCCAGCCCACCAUCAGCAACAGAAGCUACUUGCUGUCACCCCUCCUGUCAAUCCUAGCAAGAGGUCGACCCUUCUUGUCAAGCACUUUCUGCUCUUCUCCACGCACUACCGCGGCAUUAUGUCUUCCGCUAUAACUGCCACCAUGUCGACAUCGAUCAGACCCUCGUUCCUUGGAUCUAAGGUAGAGCUCCUCAAGGGCCCCGAUGCUGCUGGAGCUCGACUGACCAUGCGGGUGGGCCCGCGGAUUGCGUCGUCUGUCAGCGUGUGGAAGGGCGAAGCCGAGCGCCUUGAAGCGGUCUCUGCUCGCUCCGGACGGUCGCAGUUCUCCUUCCUCGUCGGCGAAUAUCCCGACGAAUGCGGAUGGCGCUCGUCAGGGCUUUCUGUCGAUCCUGAGACGUUCGCCAAGACGACAGCACUCGAGGUUAUUCACGCUCGCUGGGCCAUGCUAGGCGUCGUCGCGUGCCUCGUCCCAGAGACAGCGUCCCGGAUACUUCAAUCCUCGCACCUCGCUAGCAGCAACGGCAGCAUCGGCAGCUUCACUCUAGGAAGCUCGAUCCUCAACACCACGACCAACUUCAUCGGAUCGUGCAACCUUUGCACCGUUGAAUCUAUCCUCGCUAUUGGCGCGUUUCAGCUCCUCUGCAUGACUGCAGUCGAGGGAUUCCGAGUCGCAGGGGGGCCUCUCGGCGAUGCAAGCGGCUCUGUUUAUCCUGGUGGCUUGUUCGAUCCGCUAGGCUUCGCAGACAGCAGCAAUGCGUCUGAGCUGGCGAAACUUAAAGCCAAGGAGCUGCAGAACGGACGGCUGGCGAUGUUCGCUAUCAUGGGGUUCGCAGCACAGGCAGCCGUUACCGGGAAGGGACCAGUGGAGAACCUGAUGGAGCACAUGGCUGAUCCCAAGGUGCAGAAUGCGUGGGCGUAUGCAGAGAGCUUGUUCCAAUAACGGGAGUCCGUAACUCUGAGCCAUGGUCAGCAUGUAGAGUUGUUUUCCUCUCUUGUGUCCUUCCAUGUACAUUCUUUAUGCCCUUCUGUAGCUUUGAACGGUAUGGGGUAUGGCAUACCUCUCGUGGCCUUGCUGCCUAGGUGUAUGUCUUUAUGUGGUGGCCUCAUUUUUGUAUGAAAGUAAUUAGCCUCAAU